UGGUCUCGGGUGGACGCGCUCUGUCCGUGUGUGUCUCCGGGGCUGGGUCUGUCUCCUCACCGAGCGGAGGAGGAAAAUAUCAAACCUCCUUCAAGCAUGACGAGACAAAGGGCCCGAAGGACGAUGGUCUGAACGGCGCCCGGGACUCAGCAUGGCGAUCAGGGAGCUCAAAGUUUGUCUUUUAGGGGACACCGGCGUGGGGAAAUCCAGCAUUGUCUGCCGAUUCGUUCAGGAUCACUUUGACCACAACAUUAGUCCCACCAUAGGAGCGUCGUUCCUGACGAAGACGGUGCCGUGCGGAAACGAACUGCACAAGUUUCUGAUCUGGGAUACAGCGGGACAGGAGCGGUUUCACUCAUUAGCGCCGAUGUACUACCGAGGCUCGGCGGCUGCCGUCAUCGUCUAUGACAUAACUAAACUGGACUCUUUCCAGACACUGAAGAAGUGGGUGAAAGAGCUGAAAGAACACGGCCCGGAGGACAUCGUAGUGGCGAUAGCAGGGAAUAAGAAUGAUUUAGGAGACAUCAGGGAAGUUCCGAUGAAGGAGGCCAAGGAGUUUGCUGAAUCAAUCGCAGCUAUUUUCAUCGAGACGAGCGCCAGGAAUGCCGUGAAUGUAGAAGAGCUCUUUCAGAAAAUCAGUAAACAGAUCCCCCCACUGGAGAACGCCGAGGUGGACAGCAACGAGUCCUUCAAGCUCACCCGGCAGCCCGCUCCGUCCACCAGGAGGUGCUGCUAGUAUGGGGGGAGGCACGCUGAUGAUGCCGGCUUCCACCCACCCUCUACCCCACCUCGGCCACAAUGCACACAGUGUCCCGGGGGUGGGACAGACGACACGGUGGACGGACAGGCAGACGGCCGGACUGAGGUCAGCUCGCACGUGGGUUCGACUGCAGCACAAAGCAGACGGACCCUCCAGCAGUAUUAUCUGGGUCAACAGCUUCAGGCAGCACAUUUCCUCCAGCAGCGGUAGAGUCAGGAGGCAGAAAGCCUUCCGUCUGGCCCCCUCCAGUGGUGGUUGACAGAAUUACAGUGGAUGUAUUUGCUCUGUUGGGAGAGACUUGGUCUCAACAGCAGAUGAUCCUGUUCAGGUUGACCGUUAUGCUUUGAGAGUAUGGCUUUACCACAUGUCAAGUCUUAGUUAUCUUAGUUAGACUCCCAUUAUUAUUUCCUCAAUUAAUCUUAUUUGACCACUUGGUGAACACACGUCAUGAGGGACCUGUUUACCCAUUUUCAAGUGAAAACGUAAAACUUUUGUAGCGUUUUGUGUGCUCUGAGCCACUGAGGCCAUGUUUAAACAUCACCAGGUAUUUACAAAAACGGAUAUUUCUCCCUCCACGUUAAUGGAAAAAAAAAAGAAUCUACGUUUACCCAGACCUGCAUUGAAAAGCUGGUUCAGGGCUACCAUGUGCAUGCCAGACCUGUAGGGGGCGAUGCAAUGAGGAGCAUGAAACCAUGCCAGCCAAUCAGGAUCCUGGAAAAAACACAACGCCAGGUAUUUCCUGUCCUUUCAGCGAUGACGGCGACAUUCUGACAUUCUCACGUCAUUCCUCUGGGAAAACCAAUUUGUUUUCAAAGUUUUCCCACCAGCCAGCAUUUCCCCCAGGUCGUGUCCAAAACUGGCAGUGGUAGCGACAAUGUUGGCAGGCAACCAUUUCUCUUGGUCGAAGGAAAAAGUUCAUGACUCGUAGCUGCAUUUACGUCUAAAUACAAAAACUGAACUCGUCUCCGUUGUCGUGUGAACAGCAUGAAAAAGCAACUUUUUGAAAAUGCUUUGACUCUGUUGUUGUGUAAAUGGGGAAAUGCAACAAUGUGAGAACACUUGGUUUCCAUGGAGACAGCGAAGCCAAUGGACCUGGUCCUGGUUCCAGUCAAGAUUGUCCUGGUCCUGGUCCUGGUUCCAGUCCAUAUACCUCUGGUCCUGAUCCUGGUCCUGAUCCAUAUUCUCCUGAUGCUGGUCCCAGUCCAGAUUGUCCUGGUUCCAGUCCAUAUUCCAAUCACUUCUGUCCAAACAGAACACACUAGUGGCCCCAUAUGCUAGCUAAACUGUUUUUAGUGUUUCUGUCGUUUCCAUAUAAACGGGUACUGUUUUCGAAAUGUUGCUGAUUGAAAAUGAAACUUUUCUGAAAUGAAAAUACAAAAACGAUGCGUUCUCACUUGAAACACUUUGGUGUAAACAGGACUUUAUUCAGUUUACUUUUGUUUAUUGUUUUGAAACUCAUGGAUUUCAGAUGAACAGAGCAUCUUCAGUUUUCUUCUGGAGCUCCUUGUUUCAUUCCUUUUCAGUUUGGAAUCAACAGUUGAACCGAUUAACCAACAUUUGAAAGGUUUAUUGAUUGUUUGCAUUCCAGAAUUUGACAUUGAAAUUUCGGCACAAAUAAAAAGUCAGCGAUUAUAAUCGAUGUGCUUUAAACGUCACGUGUUGAUUGAACUGUUUCCAUUCAAAGAUUCUGAUUCUCAUUGUGCCUUGGCUUAAAAAUGCCACUCUUUUGAUAUGAAGUCCUACUAAAUAGACACUGUUUGUACCUACAGAGCUUUGUUUAUCACCUCAGUAUAUCAGGGGAAAGUUGGGUUGGUGCAGGCCGAUGUCGAUGCAGCAGCUUUACAUUCCUCUUCGUCAUGUGUUUCCAUGAACAUUCGCUACAUAAGGGUUUAACCGUAAAGCUGCAGGACGAACAGCUUAGAGGCAUGAAAAAUAGCAAUUUACAGCAUGACACCCCCCCCCCCCCCCCCCCUCCCCCCCGCUGCUGAAACACUGUGACGGAUACUCGAAUUGUUUACAUAGUGAUGUCUUAAAGAUGUUUUCUACAUGCUGAAAUGUAUUUCAUGACAGGAUGACUGCCGAACAGUGGAUUCGCCUGCUGAAGGCUUCAUUUUUAUCAGAAAAUCUGCAUUUUACUCUUAUUAGCAUGUCUCCAGUGGGUGAAGAUACAAAGAGGAUGUGCUGUAUAUAUUAACCCGUCUCUAAAACGACUGUUGAACGGUGCCUUAUUGUUGGAUUUUGAGAAUAUCAGUCGCCAUGGUAACCCCUCACCGGUAAAGCAAGAUUUUCCUAUUUCACGAGUCUCUUUUGAGAUUUGGAUUUGACCACUUUGAUAAACACGUAACAGCACUUUUGAAUAGUUUUAACCAGUAUUAGUUGGAUGUUACUUAAAGUCUACCAUGUCAGUAUCAGAAUCGAAAGAAUAAAUGUGCUUUGAUUUGAGAUUUUAACUCUAUUUCUGCAAUUACCUAAAAGAAAAUAGGUUUACAAUUACAAAUGAACUGAAUGUUUAAAAGUGUGCCUUUUUCAUGAAAUUUGAUGCUGGUAUAUUUUUUUUUAAUUAUUGUAAUAUAGUACGUGUCCACUUUUUGUGGAGAAAUGACACCAAAGUGCACUGAAAAGUGAAAAAUCAGCUGUUUAUUGUGGUGAAUCUGUCUCAUACACAUCCGUCCAUCAACAGCAGCAGCUAUUCUGACUCCAUCUUCUGCAGAUUUUCAGUGCAGUUUGGUAGAAAAUACUUCCUAUUUGAAGAUGUGCGUCAAAACGACUUCACCCUGUAAGUGCCUUUUAAAAAUAAAAUGUCUUAAAAACGUUUGGAGUGGCUCUCAAAUCUGCUACAGUGAUGAAUUCUGACCAACUAACAGGCAAACUGUAACGCCUCUGUCAUGCUUCCUGUAUUCUCUGAAUAAUUUCAGUGUAUUAAUCUGUGUAAUAAAGUAGAAAUU